GGGAGCGUGCGGGGCGGUGGGCGCAAGGUCACGUUGGGUGGCGUAGACAAAGGCGGGCGCGCGCACGUCCUGACGCAGCCUGGGCCCGCGGCGUUGGCAAGGGCGGGAGGGAGCGGUCGCCGCGGGAUUUGGAGCUGUUGAGCUUCGCGGUCGCUUUGGCAGCAUGUAAGCAGCUAUUUGCCAAGAACCCAGGUCACCGCUAAGAAAGGGAGCCUUAGGGAGAAGAGUGUCCAGAGGAAACCAAUGCCAGAUGCGUCUGGAGUUACACUCAGCACUUGCAUUAUGAGACAUUGUGUGCCAGCAUCUCUUUCCUGCUGGCAAAGACUGUAGCUCUCCAGGUAGGAGGGUCCUGGAAGCUGUGAGCGCCAGGAGCCUCACCAGAGGAGGAUGGGGCCAGAUAAUGAACUCUCUACAAUGAACAUGGUUUUCAACUUAUGAAGGAAUUUUAAGUAAAACAAUUAUUUAAUUUCCACAUAUUCAAGUUCAAAAGCCUUCUGUGUAAAGUGCCAGUGAUUACCCCUCCACAGAAGUUAUCAGGAUUUUUCUGGCACCAAGUUGAACUCUUCUUGGUACUACUGGCAGUGACAGGGACAGAUUGAUCUGUUGAAUGCUCUUGGGCAGGAAAACCAUGUAAAACCUCUGGAAGCAGCAGCAGGACAGCAGAGCAGAGCCCCUGCCCUCACUGCUCACUUGCACAGAAAUUCCAUCUGGACUCGGAUGCUUUUACUGAAGACCUAUCGAGCUUCAUUCAUCUUUAGAGUCCAUCCGUUCUGUGGAGACCUGGCGUUUGCAGCUGCCUCCUGUGGCCGUGUUUUCCUGUCCUUCUCUUCCCAGGCCUUCUAUUCAGGUGGUUGAGGGGUGUGGACUUCGGAAUGGGGUUUGCUGUUCUUCGGGAACUUGCUUCCUUUCCCUGGCUGGUGCUGUCGGGAAGGACCAUCUGAAGGCUACAGUUUGUUCUUGGGGAGGCAGGUGCUGGCCUGGCCUGGAUCUUCCACCAUGUUCCUGUUGCUGCCUUUUGAUAGCCUGAUUGUCAACCUUCUGGGCAUCUCCCUGACUGUCCUCUUCACCCUCCUCCUCGUUUUCAUCAUAGUGCCAGCCAUUUUUGGAGUCUCCUUUGGUAUCCGCAAACUCUACAUGAAAACUCUGUUAAAAAUAUUUGCGUGGGCUACCUUGAGAAUGGAGCGAGGAGCCAAGGAGAAGAACCACCAGCUUUAUAAGCCCUACACCAACGGAAUCAUUGCAAAGGAUCCCACUUCACUAGAAGAAGAGAUCAAAGAGAUUCGUCGAAGUGGCAGUAGUAAGGCUCUGGACAACACUCCAGAGUUCGAGCUCUCUGACAUUUUCUACUUUUGCCGGAAAGGAAUGGAGACCAUUAUGGACGAUGAGGUGACAAAGAGAUUCUCAGCAGAAGAACUGGAAUCCUGGAACCUGCUGAGCAGAACCAAUUAUAACUUCCAGUACAUCAGCCUUCGGCUCACGGUCCUGUGGGGGUUAGGAGUGCUGAUUCGGUACUGCUUCCUGCUGCCGCUCAGGAUAGCGCUGGCUUUCACAGGAAUUAGCCUUCUGGUGGUGGGCACAACUGUGGUGGGAUACUUGCCAAAUGGGAGGUUUAAGGAGUUCAUGAGUAAACAUGUUCACUUAAUGUGUUACCGGAUCUGCGUGCGAGCGCUGACAGCCAUCAUCACCUACCACGACAGGGAAAACAGACCAAGAAAUGGUGGCAUCUGUGUGGCCAAUCAUACCUCACCGAUUGAUGUGAUCAUCUUGGCCAGCGAUGGCUAUUAUGCCAUGGUGGGUCAAGUGCACGGGGGACUCAUGGGUGUGAUUCAGAGAGCCAUGGUGAAGGCCUGCCCACACGUCUGGUUUGAGCGCUCGGAGGUGAAGGAUCGCCACCUGGUGGCUAAGAGACUGACUGAACAUGUGCAAGAUAAAAGCAAGCUGCCUAUCCUCAUCUUCCCAGAAGGAACCUGCAUCAAUAAUACAUCGGUGAUGAUGUUCAAAAAGGGAAGUUUUGAAAUUGGAGCCACAGUUUACCCUGUUGCUAUCAAGUAUGACCCUCAAUUCGGUGAUGCCUUCUGGAACAGCAGCAAAUACGGGAUGGUGACGUACCUGCUGCGAAUGAUGACCAGCUGGGCCAUUGUCUGCAGCGUGUGGUACCUGCCUCCCAUGACUAGAGAGGCAGAUGAAGAUGCCGUCCAGUUUGCGAAUAGGGUGAAAUCUGCCAUUGCCAGGCAGGGAGGACUGGUGGACCUGCUGUGGGAUGGGGGCCUGAAGAGGGAGAAGGUGAAGGACACGUUCAAGGAGGAGCAGCAGAAGCUGUACAGCAAGAUGAUCGUGGGGAACCACGAGGACAGGAGCCGCUCCUGAGCCUGCCUCCAGCUGGCUGGGGCCACCGUGCGGAGUGCCGACGGGCUCGGAGCUGGAGUUGCCGCCGCCCCCACUGCUGUGUCCUUUCGAGACUCCAGGGCUCCUCGGGCUGCUCUGCAUCCCAGGACUCCGGCUUUCGCCGAGCCGCAGCGGGAUCCCUGUGCACCCGGCACAGCCUGCCCUUGGUGGUCUGAACGGAUGCUGCUGGGUGUCACAACCCAGGACGAGAUGCCUUGUUUCUUUUACAAUAAGUCGUUGGAGGAAUGCCAUUAAAGUGAACUCCCCACCUGUGCACGCUGUGCGGGCUGAGCGGUUGGGGAGAUGUGGCCACGUUCUUGUGCUAGGGAUGGCAGGACAAGAGUCUGUUAUGCAAGCCCGUGUGCCAGGGAUGUGCUGGGGGUGGCCACCCACUCUCCAGGAAAGGCACAGCUGAGGCACUGUGGCUGGCUUCGGCCUCAACAUUGCCCCCAGCCUUGGAGCUCUGCAGACAUGAUAGGAAGGAAACUGUCAUCUGCAGGGGCUUUCAGCAAAAUGAAGGGUUAGAUUUUUAUGCUGCUGCUGAUGGGGUCACCAAAGGAAGGGGAAGAGGCCAGGUGGACCGCUGACUGGGCCGUGGGGAGAACAUGUGUUCAUACUCCAGGCUAACCCUGAACUCCCCAUGUGAUGCGCGCUCUGUUGAAUGUGUGUCUCAGUUUCCCCAUCUGUAACCUGAGUCGGGAGGAAGGGUGGUGAUUCCUACCUCACAGGGCUGUUGUGGGGAUUAGAGUGCUGCGGGUGAGUGAAGGACACGUCACGUUCAGUGUUUCAAGUACAGGCCCACAAAACGGGGCAAGGCAGGCCUGAGCUCAGAGCUGCGGCACUGGGCUUUGGAUUUGUUCUUGUGAGUAAAUAAAAGUGGCUGGUGAAUGAACUGGGGGACUUCUCCCUUUACUUUCUCCCCUGGCUGUGGCCCUGAGUAGCGGGCUUCUCGUGAGAAUUCCCGUUCUCUUCUGGGAGCAUGGCCCUGGGGCUGCGGAGAAGCUACCUGACUGCUGGAGCGAGGAACCCUGCAGCUGAGAAGGUGAACGGGCUCGUCUCAGAUGCUUGCAGAUCUUUGGUUAAUUUAGAAUUUCCAGCACAGACGUGAAUUUCUCCAGAGAUUGGGGAUACACGGGGUGCUGAUGUGAGGCCUAGGGGAAGCAAUGAGUAAACUCCAGGGCGGGGGAGGAGCGGGGCCCAGGGAGGGCUGCAGAGGGGCAGGGUGGGCAGGGCAUGUGCUGCAUGGUGGCGUCCACACAGCCAGAGCAGGCACCACAGGGAAAAGACUUGGCCACUGGUGCCUGCUGUACAGUCAACAGUGGAGGCAGAGCCAAGGCCAAAUAGCCCCUCUGGGUUCUGGGGUUUCACCAAUUUCAUGCCCCUCCGCCCCCCAUUCAUGUGCCACUAGCCCUCACUUAGGGCCCACGCUCCCUUGUGGCACAGUCAUGACGCCUCAGGAUUUUGUGCCAGUGGUGCCGUGUCGUGUCCCUAAGGUCGCCCUGUGUCCUGUGGUUCAGGGAGGGGUGGGAGUGAAGCCGUGUUCGUGGGGCUGCAGACGGAUCCACUUUGUCAUGUGGGGACCUGCUGGGUUGGCCCUGCAGUCUCCCUUUCUCUGCGCCUACCUGUGACCUCCCCGGGAAAGCCUCCCAUUUCCUCACCUGCCCUGUUGCCAGCCCAGGGGAAGUCCUCUUUUUGCUCUGAAAUGAAGACUGAAAAAAUAAAGUCAGUGUUAUGACUAAUAACAGUCUCUUAGGAACUGUUUUACAAAAUACUUAAGAAUGAAAAGUGAUUUUCAGCUUUUAUAGGUGAUGUUUACAGUGUUUGUAAACUAACUGGAGGGAUCAGAGAUCAGGUUCUCUUUUAAAAAGUUCAUCUGAAACUUUAUGAUUUGUUACUUUCGUGAUUUGCAUAGGUAUUUAUGUAUACACACACAGGUUUUGCUUUUGUUUGUCUCACAUUCAGCACAGCUGUCUGCAGCCCCUGCCGGCAGGUAUGGCCACACCUGGUGUGAAGUCACGUGGAGUCAGUGCUGUGGAGGGAAGUCCUGUGCGGGCCAGGCAGUGAGGAGAGGACUGACUGUCACGCCUGCAGAAACAAAACCUCCCCUUUCUGUGUAUGCCUUCUAUCAUCAUCCAGGCGACUGCUCCAUCCUUUUAAAUUAGGGGUCCUGCAGGCCCCAAGUGACCCAUAGUGUAUCUGGUUUGGGAUGACUGAGUUGGUCUUAUGGGACAAAACCUCAAGACACUUAAAAACAUGCAAAGUACAAAAUAAUGUGUUCCCUCCUGUUACCCCAGUGAGGGUGGGGCUGAGCCGGGAAUGACACCCGGUGGUGUAAUGAGUGCAACAAGUGCUGGCUAGCUGCUAACCCCCCUCCAAGCCUGCUGCAUCUUCACUUCUCUGCGUCUGUCUUCUGAGUCAUAACUAGGGACUUGGCUAGAUGACCUCAGAGACCCCCUCCAUAUCUGAAUUUUCUAUUUUGAAGCCCAUAGUUCAAACUUUGGUUUUGAUCUCUGAAGUCUUCUGGGUUUGGAAAUACGGGAAGUCAGCUUUGAAUCCAUUGCUUCUCUAAAACAUCGGGGCUAGAGGAACUAACCCACUUGAGGGUGACCUCAAGGGCUUUAGGCGGCCGUGGGGCUGGUGCCACACUGCUCUCAGGCAGGGCAGUGUCCAUUGUGGAUCUCGGACAGCCUUUUUUACUCAAACAUGAGACCUUGCACCCACCAGUUAGAAAGGGAACUUUUUUUUUCUUUUUUUAACACAGAGUUUCACUCUUGUUGCCCAUGCUGGAGUGCAAUGGCACAAUCUCAGUUCACUGCAACCUCCAUCUCCCGGGUUCAAGUGAUUCUUCUGCCUCAGCCUCCAAGUAGCUGAGAUUACGGGCAUGUACCACCACACCCAGCUAAUUUGUUGUAUUUAGUAGACUGGAUUUCACCAUGUUGGUCAGGCUGGUCUCAAACUCCUGAUCUCAGGUGAUUCUCCUCAGUCUCCCAAAGUUCUGGGAUUACGGGCGUGAGCCACCGCACCCAGCCAAGAGGGAAUUUUGUGAUAAAGCUAGCGGGAUUCCCUUGACAGCAGAACCAGCUUUGGGACUUCAUGCUUCACUGUGUCAGAAUCCAGUCCCUGCUGCUGCCUUUCAGAGAUAGAAGAGGCUUGAUGUGUGAGGGGUCGGGGGAGUGCUCCAGAUCCCUGAAUGUCCAUCCCACACCAGUGACAGGCACUUUUGGGCGCCAUCGUGUGACCUUCAUGGCAGAACAAACAGUGGGCACUAACCCUGUUGUCCUGUGGAAAUCUGAGUCUCUGAAUCCUGCCGUUUCCUUCCUGGAAUUGGCCAGGAAUUUGAUUGUCUGGGCUAGUGCUUGCUGCUGUCCCCUGAUGCAUAAAGGAUCCCCCCGUGUCAUAGGUCCCACCCGCCUGCUGUGCAUCCCGGGUGGCCAGACUCAGCUUCUGCAGGUGCACUUGUCCUGGGUGGCCCGGCCCGUGGGCUGGAAGGGCAGCGCGCUGCCUCGCAGACAGGUUAAGAGACGGGCACGCGGCCAUCCGUCUUCUACAGCACGCACACCCCGCUCUCCCCCCAGUCAAUAUGUCUCUCUCCGAUGGGAAAGUUAAUAAAUUUUGCUCUAGAUUAAAAGUAUUGAUCAUUUCAUUUGUAAACGAUAAAUAAAAAGGGGGAACUUUUCAUUGCGCCAGGGGUGGCGCCUGGCGUGUGUUGUGGGGGUGAUUGCGCUGGCUGCCGGGGGGUGGGCUUCUCAUAUGCAUUCUGGCCGGCCAGCUGCAUUGAUUUCCUAUUAGUCUCCCAGCACCACCCAGUAACACAUCAUUUCAGUACCUGCUAUUAAUGGUCUUUUGAUAAAUAAUCACUUGUAAGUCAAUAAAUUUUUAUUAAACA